AUGCACCCCAGUUCGAUUAACUUCCUGGGUCUAGCCCCCAACCCUCAAGAUGCAACUCCCCUUCUCGAUCCUGCAGCACAGGAUGUUGAGACCAUGAGCCUGUCUGAGUCUAGCGUUGUCGGUCUCUAUACCUGGGGCGAGAGUCAACUUUUCAACUCCAACCCAUUCCCAACUGAGUUCCUCCCAACACCAGACCAGUCAGUCUUCAACCCAAGCCACAGCCCUUCUGGCUCCUCCAGCCCUGUGGUCUCAUCCGUCUCCUCUUCGUCUGAACGUAUCAUUAACACUUUGUCCCUCGCCAACCAUUACCCCCAGCGCCCCGCCCUAGAGCACUAUCUCACGACUCCCGAACGGCACGAACAACUUUUCUUCUCCAACAUCCCUCUCGAGCCCAUGGAGUUCGAGCCCUAUCCCAACGAUCCUCUCGGCUGUGAGCUGGCAGACCUCUCCCAGGAGGACGACCAUCUCGCCGCCGAUAUGCUCCGUCACAGUAUAGAGGUCGACUCCAAAUAUGAUCUCGACCUGGUUCAGUCUCACCCCGAAAUCCACUGCCGUUCACCAUCCGUCAGCACCAGCAGCACACUAUCCAUCGCCGCGACCUACGACUCUGACGGUGAUAAUGACCAUGACCAUGACCCAUCACUUUACGACCCCGGGAUUGAACGUACCCGCCGACAGUUGAAAAGCACUAUCCGCAGAGUCGUCAAAGAACAAUGCCGGACUAAUACCCGAGUGUUGAAGAAGCCUCGCAUGCGGCGGCGCGGUACCAGUAAAGGGUCGUCCUCGCUCUCGCCAGAAGAAAGUGACAGACCAGCUAAGAAGGCCAAGCUUGAGUCCGAGUCCGCAGCUGUUUUUGAGUGA